GAUGUCUCUGUUUAACCCCACUCUACUCUUUUCUCUCCUCUUGAUAUUUUUAAAUGAAUGGACCUUUGCUUUAUCGGAUACGCUUCUUCCAGCACGAAAUGCACGUCGGUCGUUCCUCGCGACGGCCGCCGCCUCGGCAGUCACCGUGAUUAUACCGCCACACUCUGCUCAUGCUGAAGAAAUAGCGCUUACCGAAGUCCAAGCUGUGGCAACGGGAGACGCAAAAAAACUGUUCAAUGAGGCCCGAGCGCUCGAGUCGCAAGGAAACAUGGCUGCGGCCCAGCGGUUGUAUACGAAAGUGACCAAGAUUUCCCCUCGAUUCAUCUACGGGUGGUCCAAUUUGGCUAAUACGCAAACGGCUCUGGGUGAUCUAAGAUCUGCGGAUCAGGCUUACUCUAUCGCAAUUGAUCUUUGCAACGAAAAUUUGCAAACGACAGAAGAAGGAUUUGGCAUAAAGAGGUGCAAUGAUUUGUAUGUGCUGUUACUGAAUCGGGGUAGUCUACGUCUCAACGACGGCAGACCGAAAGAAGCCCUGGCGGAUUUACAGCAAUCGGACUUAUUGCGCGGUCGACCGGAUUCAACGGUGCUGCAGAACUUGGCGCGUGCCAAAGAACUCAACGGCCUCUACAAACAAGCUGACAAUGAUUACACGGUCGCCAUUUCUAUGACAGCCAACGAGGUGAAUCCCUUUUGGUUGCGAUCAUCUCUCGUUAAGUUUCAACUAGGUGAUAUUCAAGGAGGAUACGAUCUCAUGAAACGCGUUGAAAACCGAUUUCCGGAAGCUCCCGAAGUCCGUGCUGCCUACGCUUGUUUCUUGGCCGCCAGGGGAGAUCAAGUUGCGGGACAACGAAAGUAUUUGGAAAUUCCGGACCGGGCCCGUCUCAAGUACGUCGACCAAAACUACUUGACCCGCACUAUUUCCUGGCCACCCGCAGCCCGAGAUACGCUAGCCAAGAUUACGAUGGCGUCGGGAGAUGGAUCGCCCAAGUAA